AACGGAAAGGCUCGAGCGUGUGGAUGGGAGGAGCCUGGUAACACUCAGGACUUUACUGAGAGGAUUUACCUGCAGAAAUAAAGCAGGGAAAUAAACCGGAAUUUUUCAACAAACCGCUUCAUUUAAAGCGAAUUAAAGCCGGAUUGUUAUUGUAAUGAACCGCAGGUGUGAACCGGAGGGCUGGUGACGUGUUGGAGAGCCGUGCCGCGCGCAGAGCAGCAGUGUAUUCUUCAAAUUCUCACUCCUGAAGAGAAAGUUCCUGUAAACUACAUCACAUAUCCCAAUGGCUGAGAAUAAUUUCCCACCCCUGCCCGGGUUCAUCCCGCUGAAGCCCUGCUUUUACCAGGACUUUGAGGAGAUACCAGACCAGCACCGGACUCUGUGCAAGAGGAUGUACUACCUGUGGAUCUUGUACAGUGCCACCCUGGCGGUGAAUUUCAUUGGCUGCAUGGCGUGGAUGUUUGGUGGAGGGGGCGUGACUAACUUCGGUAUGUCCAUCAUCUGGCUGAUCCUCUUCACGCCCUGCUCCUACGUCUGCUGGUUCAGACCCAUCUAUAAAGCCUUCAAGACAGAUAGCUCCUUCAACUACAUGGCCUUCUUCUUCGUCUUCAUGGCCCAGAUCGUUAUCGCCAUCAUCCAGGCCAUCGGGAUCCCGGGCUGGGGCGUGUGCGGCUGGUUAGGCACCAUUACCUUCUUCGGCACCAGCAUCUUCGCCUCCAUCAUCAUGCUGAUUCCCACCAUCAUGUUCACCGCCGUCUCUGUUCUGGCCUUUAUGGCUUUUACUAAGAUCCACAACUUCUACCGGGGCAGUGGGGGCAGUAUGAGUAAGGCCCAGGAGGAGUGGACCACCGGCGCCUGGAAGAACCCCCACGUCCAGCAGGCAGCGCAGCAGGCAGCUAUGGGGGCGGCUCAGGGGUCCAUGCAGCAGCAGCAGUACUCCACGCCCACCUACGACGAAAACCAGAUGUAGCCCUGAUCUCCAGCUUCUCCAGCGCACCUAUCAGAUACUGAGAUCCGGGGGGGGUGAGGUUCUGGAGAAGGUUCUGGGUUCUCUGCCUGUUGGGGGAUUGCACUGAAUAUUUGGCAACCAAAAUUCUUCGGGCAACAAAAACGGCCAAAAAAAACGUACAGUCUAAAAAUGAGAGUUUAUACCAAAUAAUAUAUAUAUUUUUUUAUAAAUUCAAUUUAAAUAAAGAAAAUUAAAGCAAGACAAACUACAAAGGCUUGCAAAAGUAUUCAUACCCAUACCCCUUACAUGUUUUCAUUACAUUUUGUUAACUUAAUUGUAUUUUAUUGAGAAUUUAAGUGAUCAAUCAAUCAAUUUAUUGUUUCUUUAAACCUACCAAGACACGGCCAUGAUCCACCCAAACUAACAGAUCCAGCAAGGAGAGCACUGAUCAGAAAAGCAGCUGAGACCCAUGAUCACUCUGGAGGAGCUGCAGAGAUCCACAGAUCAGGUGGAUCAGGAGAAUCUGUUCACAGAACAACUAGAAGUCCUGCUCUCCACAAAUCGAUGUAAUAUUUCUAUGUAAUUGCAGCGAAAUUAACUCUACAAAGUACUGAUAUAGAAGAGGGAUGAAUACUUUUGCAAGCCACUGAAGAUUUAUUUAGUAUAUAUUUUUUUGCAGGUUUUGAUGCUAAAUUAAUCAAAACCGGCAAAAAAAUUAUAUAUCUUAAUUUAAUAAUUUGAAAUUCAUCACUCAGGUCAAUGUUUUAUCUAGUUUGGUUUUAGUUUUGGCCUAAAAUGAUACAUUUCAGUGCGUCCCUGCUGCCUAUUUCUCAUAGUUCAUAGUCUAAUAUAUACAAUAGUUAUGUUUUUUGUCAGUUUUACUAAUAAUCUAUGCAGAUUUUGGAAGAAGAAACAUACAGGAGAACAAAAAACAGUAUUAAUGAGUCACUUUAUUUU